CUCUCAUAUUACUCGACAUAACAUUAAUAUAAAAAUAAUUAAACUCAGAAUUAUACAGUCAUGUCAACGGGCUUUGAUAGUUCACUGAUGGUCGCCGGUCUGACAUCUGCAUGGCCGGCUGCCGUAUCAAUUGCCUUUCAUGCGGCUGCGUCGCUCAUCUGCACAACUCGGUCGCAUCAAUUACACCGCCAAACAUCGCCUCCACGCUUACAAAUGCGCAGAUGGCGAGCAGUAUCAGCAAAGCUGACUGCAGCUAGUACGGCAAUCCUGUGCUCCACAAUACUGGCGGUCCAGCAAUGCCAAUCCGAGCAAUAUCCAAGCCCCGAAUCGCUGCCGAUGUCGCUUCUAGGAAUGCUGGCCGGUGUUCUGCAGCUGAUCUCGUCGCUGAGCGCUCUAUUGCUCCAUUGCAUUCACAGCGGACGCAGCUCAGUGUCUUCGGAUGUGCUGCUUGUGUACUGGCCCGUGUCGCUGGCCCUCUCGCUGCUAGUACUCAGAAGCAAGACUAAGCUCGACAGUUUUGGCAACUUGCAUGGCACCGCGCUAUUGCCGCAUGUGGUAUUUGUGUUUGCCGCAGCGUUCGCAUUCUGGGCCGAACUGGAUACUGGCCAGCCGACCCGGCGGCACCAGCCCAUUUAUAUACCGCAGGAUGACCGAGAGAAUGACAGCGGCGACCACCGUGACAACAACAAUACCAGAUGCGGGCGCAGAGAGCGUCAGCAUGCCAAUAUAUUCUCGCGAUGGACGUUUGCGUGGAUGACGCCGCUAAUCGACGAGUCGUACGAACGCGCAUGCAACGGACGCAAUGGCGGCGAGGCAGAAAUGCUGGGAUUGCCCAAAAAGCUGGCCGGCAAUGCAGCGUGCGACGGGUUUUUCGCUGCCUGGGACUUUGAAUGCCGGGCAGGCACGCAACAGCCACGGCUGCUGUGGCUCUUGGUCAACGGCAUUUCGCACGAUUUACUUGUCUCGGGCUUGUACCUGGCAUUUUCAACUAUGGCACAACUGUUGCAGCCGCUGCUGCUGAAGCGCGUCAUUGUGUUUUUCCACCAGUAUCGCUCGGUCGAAAAUGUCACACUGGACGACGGUCUGGUCCUGGCACUGGGAAUGGGCAUUUUGGGACUGGUGCGUACCGUCACCUACCAGAUGUACUGGCACAAGCUGAUGCAGCCGUACUUGUGGCUGGUGCGCGUGCUAUCGGGGCUAGUAUAUCGGAAGAUUCUGCGCCAGUCAAACGAAUCCAGGUUGCGGCAUACGACGGGCGAGAUUGUCUCGUACUUGAGUGUGGACGCAGAAAAAUUAGCGACGGCAGUCAACUACGUACAUUGUAUUUGGGAGUACCCCUUGCGCGUGGCCAUUGUGAUGUGUGCGUUGUACCGCACAUUGGGGUACAGCGCGUUUGGUGGCGUGGCACUGCUGGUCGCCAAUACUCACCUGAGCGUUCUGCUCGCGGGUUUGCUCGGCAAGCAGAUCAAGACGCUGGCCGACAGUCGCGAUCAACGAAUGCGCGCUGUCAACGAGACAUUGGCCAACAUCAAGGGCAUCAAGCUUUACUCAUGGCAGGCAGCGUUUGCUGCCAAGAUCAGCCGUGUACGUGACACCUUGGAGCUGGCAGCCUUACACGACGUCGGCUUGUGGAAGAGCGUCAUGUCGCUCACCUCUUCGCUGGCAACAGUGCUGAUUAGCCUGGCCACGUUUGCCACGUACGAGUGCUUUGACGGCGUCUCGCGUGGCCCGCUGACUUCGCAGCUCAUAUUCGUCUCAAUGAUGUUGUUCUUGUUACUCCAGGAGCCUGUUACAGAGAGCCCAACGGUUAUUGCCAUAUUGGUUAGCGCGGCUCGGUCGUUUGGCCGCUUGCAGGAUCUGGCACUAAGCACUGAGGUUGUGCCUGUGAGCGGCACCAAUAACGCGAGAACCGCAGGCAGCGGCUGCAAAGGUACAGGUGCCUACUCGGAAGCUUAUUGUAGGCGUGCAACCGCCGAAUUGCGAGACGUGGAUGUUGCGGUCCGGAUGAGCGGCGCCACGUUCAAGUGGAUAGACGGCGACUGUGUUCCUGUGCUCAGCAAUGUCGACAUUGAAUGCAAGCGCAGCGAGCUUGUAGCGGUGAUUGGCAGAGUCGGCUCGGGCAAGUCAUCGCUGGCGUCGGCGAUUCUCGGUGAAAUGGUCAAAAGCGCCGGCAGCGUGGCCAUCAGCGGUAGCGUUGCAUACGUGCCACAGCAGCCUUGGAUCAUGAACGCGACCCUGCGCGACAACAUUUUGUUUGGCAGCCGAUUUGAGCAAGAGUUUUACGACAGGGUCAUCGACGCCUGCGCGCUGGGCCCCGAUCUCGAGAUGAUGUCGGGUGGCGACAUGACUGAGAUUGGCGAAAAGGGCAUCAACCUGUCGGGCGGCCAGAAGGCGCGAGUAUCGCUGGCGCGUGCUGUGUACUCGCGAGCUGAUAUCUACAUUCUGGACGACCCGCUGGCUGCCAUCGACGCGCAUGUGGGCAAGCACAUAUUCACUCAUGUGCUGGGCCCGCAGAGCCUGCUUAAUACGCGCGCGCGCAUCCUGGUCACCAACGCAACUGCACACAUAUUGGACUGUGCAGACCGGGUGUAUUCUUUGCUUGAUGGGCGUGUUUUUAUGGAGGAGUCAGCUACGCGCGACCCGGCUGCCAGCCAGUACUUUAGUCGCAGUGCCUCCGACAGCAGCCUAUCUGUUGAUGAAACGCUGGCGUUGCAGCAAACGCCAGCUGUAGAUGCAGACGAGGUUGGCACCGCAAUUCUGGAGCCCAACCCAAGCUAUGGUAUCAUCAAGCGUGAGAACCGGCAUGUGGGCAGUGUUAGUUGUGUAACAAUAUGGUUCUACUUGGACUGCUGUGGCCGCGCAAAUCUGGGCGCCCUUGUCGCAACUGUGCUGUUGACACUAGUGCUCAGCGCGAGCAGCAAUAUCUGGUUAACUCGCUGGGCCGACAUUAACGACGAUAAUACUCGCGACAGCAGGGGUGUUUUGCAAAGGCGCAGUGCAAACCCCAUAUACCAUUUGGCAAUAUACGGCUUGCUCGGUACUGCUGGUGCCUUGUCGAUGGCUGCCUCAGCAUUGAUUCUUUGGCUGCGCUGCUCAUUGGCAGCAUCUAGGACCACACACAAGCGCAUGCUGCACAGCGUGCUAAGAUCGCCAAUGUCGUUUUUUGAUUCCACGCCGUUAGGCCGCAUCCUUGGCUUGUUUGGCAGCGACCAGACGCUGACGGACGAUAAUGUCCCGGCUGCAGCGGAGGCAGGCAUUAAGGCAAUGGUGCAGGUGUUGGUCGCGCUAUUCCUAGUCGUGAUAUCAGCGCCAAUGAUGCUGAUAUUUUUUGUGCCCCUGUCGCUCGUGUACAUUAAUUUGCAGAAAUUCUCGCUUAUAUCAGUUGAGCGUAUACGCAAAUACUCACAACUGCCAGCAGAGGCACCAGAGUUCGUCCAGAAUUGCAGUCUGAGCCGGUCCUGGCCCGAGCAAGGCAUGGUUGAGUUUAAAAACUAUUCGACCAGGUACCGCGAAGGACUUGACCUGGUGCUCCGUAACUUGUCGUUCCGCGUACUUCCCAAGCAGAAGGUCGGCAUUGUGGGCCGCACAGGCGCUGGCAAAUCUUCGCUGACUCUGGCACUGUUCCGGGUCAUCGAAGCCGCAGGCGGCCAGAUUUUGAUCGAUGGUGAGGAUAUUUCCCAGUACGGUCUGUACGACGUGCGCAGCAAACUGUCGAUCAUUCCGCAGGACCCUGUGCUGUUUGCCGGCACGGUUCGCGAGAACCUUGAUCCCUUCAACAGCCACUCGGAUCAGGAGAUCUGGUGCGCACUCGAGCACGCGCACCUGGCUGACGUUGUGCGUGCCAAGGACGAAGCACUCGAAUUUAUGGUCGCGCAUGGCGGUGAUAACUUUAGCGUUGGUCAGCGCCAGCUCGUCUGCCUUGCGCGUGCACUGCUCAAGCGCGCCAAAGUGCUUGUGCUUGACGAAGCCACAGCUUCGAUUGACAACUCGACCGAUUCGAUCAUCCAGGAGUCCAUUCGCAAGGAAUUUAAGGACUGCACCGUGCUGACUAUUGCACACAGGCUCAACACAAUUGUCGACAGCGACAUGAUUUUGGUCAUUGAUGGUGGUAAGGUCGCCGAGUAUGACACACCGGGAAACCUGCUGGCAGACAAGACUAGCUUGUUUGCCCACCUCGUCGAGAAAGCCUACACCAUAAACUCGGUGAAUUCAUAG